AUGGAUACAGAGGAUUCAUAUGAAUGUGCUUGCCCGGCUGGAUACAUUGAUGUAUCACCGGACACUGCUCAGAAACCGGGAAGGCGAUGCUUACUGAGUCGACACGAUUGCUCGCCAAAUGCAGACUGCGUGGACACUGCCGAAUCAUAUAUCUGCAAGUGUCGCGAUGAUUUCGUAGACGAAUCACCGGAUACCAAAAAUCGCCCAGGAAGAAUCUGUCGUCCGGCGCUGAUCGAUGAGUGCAGGCUUGGCAAGCACGACUGUAGCCAAAAUGCAGUGUGCCAAGAUUUACCGCAAGGUUAUACAUGCCACUGCAAGUCCGAAUUCAUCGACCAGAGCCCGAAUCGAGCUUCAUUGCCCGGACGUCUAUGUGUUCCAAGACCAACAGCACCACCCGAGGAAUGCCGAAUCGAUGACAGUGCAUCGUCGUGCAAAGAGGAACUUAAUGAGGUUUGUCGACUGAUCAAUGGUAAGCCGAAAUGCGCAUGUCCAAUAAACUACAGCCGUGAUCCGACUACAAAAUCGUGCACCACCAUCGAUGAGUGUCAGUUCCCGCAGUUGAACGAUUGUCAUCCUAGCGCUGAGUGCAUCGAUAAGCCGGUCUCCUACACGUGCCGCUGCAAGCAGGGUUUCAAGGAUAUAUCACCGGGUGACAAGCCUGGUCGUGUCUGCCAACCAUACGUUAAUGAAUGCCAGUUCCCGCAUCUCAAUGAUUGCCACCAGAAUGCGGAAUGCAUCGACAAGGAGGACGGUUACGAGUGUCGCUGCAACCAGGGCUAUAUGGAUCGACAACCCGAGCGACCAGGCAGGCUGUGCAAAAAGAGGGUGGACGAGUGCGCGAAACCCGAACUCAACAGCUGUGACAAAAAUGCGAACUGCAUCGAUGAGGAAGAGGGGUAUCGGUGUGAAUGCAAAGAUGGAUAUUUGGAUGUGUCGCCAUCGCCCACAUUCCGCGGCCGUGCAUGCCGUGCUCUCAUUAACGAGUUUGUUGUUUUUUUGUAUUCUUGCAUAAAUCGUAAAAACCCACUGUGGUGUAAAAUACAUUUCGGCACCGAUCUGAUAAUUGAGAUUCUUAGUAACAUCUCGCUUUUUGGUUACCUUGUCGCAAUAGGAUGA